AUGGCUCUCCGCGCCCCCACCGGGCUGCUGCGUAGCCUGCGAUGCGGCCUCAACCAGCAGCUCCCUCGACGAGCUGGCCUCACGCUGAACAGCUCCAGCUACCGGGUCAGGAGCGUCGCCAGCUUCACGCACGCCCACCAGGCCUCUGCCAUCUCGGUGCUGCCCACCACCGUCGACACCUCGUCCGCAGACUUCCAGGAGAACGCCAAACAGAUGGACGAGGUCCUGCAGAAGAUGAACGAGCUGCACGCCAAAAUCGCUCAGGGAGGCUCUCAGAAGGCUCGUGAUAAGCACAUCGCGCGUGGGAAGAUGUUGCCCAGAGACAGAGUCACCGCGCUCAUCGACCCGGGCACCUCGUUCCUCGAGCUCUCCCCGCUGGCCGGCCACGAAGUCUACCCGGGCGACGAUGUGCCCUCCGGCGGCAUCAUCACUGGAAUCGGCAUGGUCGAGGGCGUCAACUGCAUGAUCGUGGCCAACGACAGCACCGUCAAGGGCGGCACCUACUACCCCAUCACCGUCAAGAAGCAUCUGCGUGCCCAGGCCAUUGCUCAGGAGAACAAGCUGCCCUGCAUCUACCUCGUCGACUCCGGCGGUGCCAAUCUGCCUCAUCAGGCCGACGUCUUCCCGGACAAAGAGCAUUUCGGUCGUAUCUUCUUCAACCAGGCCCGCAUGAGCUCGCUCGGCAUCCCCCAGAUCUCAGUCGUCAUGGGUCCCUGUACGGCCGGUGGUGCGUACGUUCCGGCCAUGAGUGACGAGUCCAUCAUUGUCGAGAACCAGGGCACUAUCUUCCUUGCUGGACCACCGCUGGUCAAAGCAGCCACCGGUGAAGUCGUUUCCGCUGAGGAUCUCGGUGGUGGGAAGCUACACUCCACCAUCUCCGGUGUGACCGAUUACCUGGCCGUUGACGACGCUCACGCCUUGACGUUGGCCCGCAGGUCGAUAUCAAACCUCAACUGGCCCAAGACCACCUCGCCAUUGACGCCCACAUCCACUGCUUCAACAGCUACCGAACCCAUCAAAGAACCCCUCUACCCAACUUCCGAGCUCGCCGGAAUAAUAGGCACCAACCUCCGCCGACAGGUCGACGCCCACGAAAUCAUUGCCCGUAUAGUCGAUGGAUCGGAAUUCUCCGAAUUCAAACGCGACUACGGUACCACCCUCGUCACCGGCUUCGCACGCAUCUACGGCACCCAGGUCGGAAUCGUAGCUAACAACGGCAUUCUAUUCUCCGAAUCCUCCCUCAAGGGCGCGCAUUUCAUCGAGCUCUGCGCCCAGCGAAACGUCCCCUUGCUCUUCCUACAGAAUAUCUCCGGUUUCAUGGUCGGCGCAGACGCCGAAAAGGGUGGUAUUGCGAAGAACGGUGCUAAGCUGGUUACGGCCGUUGCUUGUGCUGAUGUUCCUAAGUUCACUGUCGUAUAUGGCGCCAGUGCUGGCGCAGGUAAUUACGGAAUGUGUGGCCGUGCUUACUCUCCUCGUUUCCUAUUCAUGUGGCCCAAUGCUAAGAUCGGUGUCAUGGGCUCCGAACAGCUAACCAACGUAAUGGCCGCGGUUGGCAAGAACAUUGAUCCCUCGCUGCGUGACCGUAUCGACGCCGAGAGUGAGGCUGUCUUCUCGUCUGCGCGCCUAUGGGACGACGGCGUCAUCCCACCAGCAGAUACGAGAAAGGUAUUGGGGCUAUGCUUGGCUGCCUCCGUCGGCGGACGUGCCGAGGAAGUAAAGACAAAGUUCGGUGUUUUCAGGAUGUAG